GGUUCCGAGCGAGUCCAGCGUGGUAGGGUCUUCCUUGUUCUCCUUCAGUGUCGGAGUUUGCUCGACAGCGCGCGGCAAGUCACGAGUCUAAGCCUGGGGCCUGAACCUGGGUGCCACGGGCCAGGGUUCUCCACUGGCCGUACGGGAAAAUGACAGCCACCGUUUCUGGAAACUGUGCAUCUUGCGUUGCCCCGUUUCCUCCCAGUGCCCCACUGGGGUAUGCGUGGACCCGACACUGGUCGGUCUAAGCUUUGUGACCGGAGGGCCCAAAUACACUAGUAACGGGCAGUUACGGGCGCCUUGGACGCGAGAUUCGGGCAGACGCACCGCCCAAACUAACCGGUCGUGCCCCACCUCCAAGUGCGUUACUACGAGCUGGUUGGUCGGCUCCAGCGUCUUCGUGCCCAGCGUAAGCGAUGAUUGGAGGAGCGCGCAUAACAGAUUGCCCUCUGAGCCACUCAGCUUGUUAGCUCCGGGUCGCGACGCAGAUACUUUACGCAAUCCGCAGGCUCUUCCUUAAGUUAACAUGGCUGCGGCCGGCAAUCCUCAGGGACCCUGGUGAGGAGAGGAGGCGAGGCUUUUCCGAAACUUUGCCCGCAAUCCCCUCAGCGAUGGCGCUUCGGUCGCGGUUCUGGGAGUUGUUGCCGGUUUGCAGGAACCCCGGGUGUGGGGUCGCGGCGAUCUCCACCAGAUCCACGCCGGCCCUGAAGCCUGAGGGGGACCCUCUGGACAAUGAAGCGGUUGCCCCGCAGUUCACCAACCGGAACCCCCGGAAUCUGGAGCUCUUGGCUGUAGCCAGGAAAGAGCGGGGCUGGGGGACAGUGUGGCCCUCCCGCGAGUUCUGGCACAGGUUGCGAGUCAUAAGGACUCAGCAUCACAUAGAGGCCCUUGUCGAGCAUCGCAGUGGCCAGGUCGUGGUUUCAGCAUCCACGCGUGAAUGGGCUAUUAAAAAGCACCUUUAUCGUACCAAAAAUGUGGUGGCCUGUGAGAGUAUAGGAAGAGUGCUGGCGGAGCGAUGCUUAGAGGCAGGAAUCAACUUCAUGAUCUACCAACCAACUCCUUGGGAGGCAGCCUCAGACUCGAUGAAGCGACUGCAGAGUGCUAUGACAGAAGGUGGGGUGGUGCUGCAGGAGCCUCGGAGAAUCUAUGAGUGAAAUGCAAGCGUUGUUUGGAACGUGUAGAUAUAAAGCUGUCAGCUCUUACAUCCAUCAGAAGAGAGCAUCUGGAAGAACAGCCAGCUUGGAAGUUUUAGACAAUAGUGUGACAGCAGAAUGUUAGUAGUAGUUAAGGUCAUCCCGUCCUCCCCUUGUGUUUGUUUUUUUAAAUCAAGGGCUAAAUUCUUCCCCUCUCUUGGACAUGAGGGAUGUAUCUGAGAAAAGCUGUCACCAAUUAUAAUUAACUUUUGAAGGACAAAUUAAAUGCUGUUUAUAAGUUAAAGAAUAAAGGCAUAUUAUGAACUCUU